CCCUCCGGCCAGAAGAGGGCGCGCGUCCCCCGCCGGGACAGCGGCAGCGCGUGCGCACACACGGCUGCUGGGCGGGGCACGUGGGCGCCCUCGCGAUAACUGCGCAGGCGCACGGGGGCGGGCCCUUUCCGGAGAACCGACAAGAUGGCGGAAGUGGAGCAGAAGAAGAAGCGGACCUUCCGCAAGUUCACCUACCGCGGCGUGGACCUCGACCAGCUGCUGGACAUGUCCUACGAGCAGCUGAUGCAGCUGUACAGCGCCCGGCAGCGGCGGCGGCUCAACCGCGGGCUGCGCAGGAAGCAGCACUCGCUCCUGAAGCGCCUGCGCAAGGCCAAGAAGGAGGCGCCGCCCAUGGAGAAGCCCGAGGUGGUGAAGACGCAUCUGCGCGACAUGAUCAUCCUGCCCGAGAUGGUGGGCAGCAUGGUGGGCGUCUACAACGGCAAGACCUUCAACCAGGUGGAGAUCAAGCCCGAGAUGAUCGGCCACUAUCUGGGCGAGUUCUCCAUCACCUACAAGCCCGUGAAGCACGGCCGGCCCGGGAUCGGCGCCACCCACUCCUCCCGCUUCAUUCCCCUCAAGUAGCCUCGGCCAAUAAAGGCACCGACUGCUCCAGGC